AUGGCGGCGGCGGAGCCGGCGGUCCCGGCGCUCCCCGGCAGCGGCGGCGGGGGCGCGGCGGCGCCGUCGGGCACGGUCCCCGUGCUCUUCUGCUUCUCGGUCUUCGCGCGGCCCUCGUCCGUGCCGCACGGCGCGGGCUACGAGCUGCUCAUUCAGAAGUUCCUCAGCCUGUACGGCGACCAGAUCGACAUGCACCGCAAAUUCGUCGUGCAGCUCUUCGCGGAGGAGUGGGGCCAGUACGUGGACCUGCCCAAGGGCUUCGCGGUGAGCGAGCGCUGCAAAGUGCGCCUCGUGCCACUGCAGAUCCAGCUCACUACCCUGGGAAAUCUUACACCUUCAAGCACUGUGUUUUUCUGCUGUGAUAUGCAGGAAAGAUUCAGACCAGCCAUUAAGUAUUUUGGGGAUAUUAUUAGUGUUGGACAAAGAUUGUUACAAGGGGCCCGCAUUUUAGGAAUUCCAGUUAUCGUAACAGAACAGUACCCUAAAGGUCUUGGAAGCACUGUUCAAGAAAUUGAUUUAACGGGUGUAAAACUGGUACUUCCAAAGACCAAGUUUUCAAUGGUAUUACCAGAAGUAGAAGCAGCCUUGGCAGAGAUUCCUGGAGUCAGGAGUGUUGUGUUAUUUGGAGUCGAAACUCAUGUGUGCAUCCAACAAACUGCUCUGGAACUCGUUGGCCGAGGUAUCGAGGUUCAUAUUGUCGCCGACGCCACCUCAUCGAGAAGCAUGAUGGACAGGAUGUUUGCUCUUGAGCGUCUUGCUCGAACUGGGAUUAUAGUGACCACGAGUGAAGCUGUUCUGCUACAGUUGGUGGCUGAUAAAGACCAUCCAAAGUUCAAGGAAAUACAGAAUCUCAUUAAGGCGAGUGCUCCAGAGUCGGGUCUGCUUUCCAAAGUAUAGGACGUUUGAAGGACUGGAAUGCUGCUCACCAUCAGAUGACAGGACCGUAAGCCCAGACAAGCUCUUGUCUCUACUAGAAUUAAAAUGUUAGGUCAAAAAUUGGCUCCUUUUUUGCGCCUCUUAGUAAAACUUACCAGUUAGACCAUUUGGGUACCAGCGUUUAGUUACAGAUGUCAAAGGCUUCAGGUGCUGCUUACCUUCGUUUUUUGUUAAUGUGCUUUUAUUUUAUUUAUUAAAAAAAUUAUAACAGAGGUGCCUGUUUUGUCUUUACUGUGUACGCUGAUCAUAACUUUCAAAAGUGCACACUCUUGUGAAGUUUUAAAUUGUGCACUUUAAAGAAAAAGAUGUACUGGUAAUGGUUUGACUUUUGUAUUACUGUAAGAUGUGUGUUAUAAUGUUCAUGUUGAUUCAGUCCUUCUACUUUACAGGUUGAUUGAAAUAGGAUUAUCAUAUGAGAAUUUAAAAACAGGACUGUAGAUCAUGUUACCCUUUCCCUCACAGGGCAGUCAGCUUCCUUACUGAGCGAGCUGCAUUGAUCUAACCAGAUGAAAUUAUAUGGGAUAAUUAAACAUCUUUCUUGAUUACGCUAAUUUUCUUAUUCUGGUCACUAUCACUCAUUCUCCUGUUAAUGUUCUCUUUUUGUAGCUGAAUCUUUUACCUAGAAAACUCAUGGGGUCAUUGCUUGUUUUAAUUUUGUAAACAGAUGGGAUGGUUUGCAAUGCCGUAUAAUUAGUGGAGGGCUGUUUUAAAAUCUUCGAAGUAUGAUUUUAGCCGAAUAUCCUUAAAAUCAUCUUGAAUACAUCUAAUAGGCACAAGAUUUAGCAAAAAGAUAAAGCUGGAUAAAGUGUAGUUUUAAAAUGUCCAUACUCUUGUUUGAUGUUUUCUCCACCUACCCUCCAAAUAUUGUACUUAAUGCAGAAGACAUCAGUAAUGAUUUGGUAGUAUUAAUUUUGUAGUCAUUGCUACCUUUCAAUAAAUUUAUUUUCAUUAAACACUUAUUGGAGGAUUUUAAAACUUUUUUUUUAAAUAUUAUGUGAGGGAUGGAACACUGCUGUCUUUUAUAUUAAAGUAAUUAAAGAAAAUGUA